AUGAUUUCCGCCGCAGACUCAGACUUGUGGUGCCCUCUGGGAGAUGAUGGUGGUGUAGAUAAUGGUGACGUAGAUGAUGGCAAUGUAGAUGAUGGCGAUGUAGAUGAUGGUGACGUAGCUGAUGGUGAUGUACAUGAUGGUGAUAUAGAUGUUGCUGUAGUAGGUGAUGGUAAUGUAGAUAAUGGCGAUGUAAAUGAAGGUAAUGUAGAUGAUGGUGAUGUAGAUUACGGUGAUGUGGAUGAUGGCGAUGUAGAUGAUGGUGAUGAUGGUGAUGUAUAUGAUGGUGAUGCCCAAGUAGGUGAUGAUGAUGGUUAUGUAGACCAUGGCGAUGUAGAUGUAGAUGAUGUAGAUGAUGAUGCUGUAGAUAAUGGCGAUAUAGACGAUGGCGAUGUAGAUGUAGAUGAUGUAGAUGAUGAUGCUGUAGAUAAUGGCGUUAUAGAUGAUGAUGAUGGCGAUGUAGAUGAUAGUGCUGAAGGUUAUAGUGCUGAAGAUUAUAGUGCUGACGAUUAUAGUGCUAAAGAUUAUGGUGAUAUAGAUGAUGGCCAAGUGGAUGAUAGUGAUGUAGAUUAUGGUGCUGUAGAUGAUGAUGAUGACGCUGUAGAUGACGGCGAUGUAGAUGAUGGUAAUGUAGAUGACGAUGCUGGAGAUGAUGGUGCUGCAAUUUUGGUGAUAUAG